AUGCGUUACACCUCAUUUGCCGCUGCGAGCGCAUUGGCCGCUAUCGCCAGUGCUCAAACGUUUACCGACUGCAAUCCCAUGAAGAAGACGUGCCCCAAUAACCCUGCUAUGCCCCAGACCUGGGACACUGAUUUCACUGCCGGAAAGGAUGCCAUCAAGGGCUGGAAGCAGACUGCCGGUAGCCUGACUUACGGACCAGAGGGUGCUGAGUUUAUCAUCGCCAAAAAAGGCGACGCCCCCACUAUUGGCAGCUCGACAUUCCUGCACUACGGAUAUGUCGAGGUUGUCAUGAAGGCAGCUCCAGGUGUCGGUAUCGUUUCUUCCAUCGUCCUUCAGUCCGAUAACUUGGAUGAGGUGGAUUGGGAGUGGAUUGGCGGUGUCGACAACCGCGUCCAGCAGAACUACUUUGGCAAGGGUAACACCACCACCUACGAUCGUAUGACCGAAGCACCAGUCCCCAACAACCAGAACGAGUUCCAUAGUUACGCUCUCAACUGGACAGCCGAGUCGCUUACCUGGAUCGUCGACGGCAAGCCGACCCGCACCCUGAACAAGGCCGAUGCCAAUGGCGGCAAGAACUACCCACAGACUCCUUGCAAUGUCCGUCUUGGCAACUGGCCCGGUGGUGAUUCUGAGAAUGAGGGUACUCGUCAGUGGGCAGGCGGCAAUGUGACUUGGGAUAAUGCGCCCUUCAAGAUGACCGUCAAGUCCAUCAAGGUCAUCAACUACUCACCCGGCACAGAGUACAAGUGGACCGACAAGACCGGAAACUCGGAAUCCAUCGAAGUCAUCGGUGCUGGCAAUGCUGAAGGUGCUCCUGAGAACACCGCUGUCAUCGAAGCCUCUGCUACCGCUUCCGUCGCUCCUCUCGAGUCCGGCGUCGCUCCUAAACCGACAGGCAUCACUCCCAAGCCCUCUGGUGCUCCCGACUCUGAUGAUCCCGACUCUGAUGCUCCUGACUCCGAUACCCCCGACUCAGACAGCCCAGACUCGGACGACUCGGACGACUCUCCCUGCGAGUGCGGAACAGCCACCGUAACUGUCACUGGUGCACCACCAGCCACCUUCACCACCGAAUACCCAGCCGUAUCCAUGCCCCCACCUCCCCCUUUCCCUUCCUCUGGUCUCGCAAUCGACACACGCUCGGCGCCUUCGGCCCCCAAACCCACGGCACCAACGGGAGCCCUGCCCGAUAUCCCGGCUCCGCCGGCAACCAAUGCGACGAGCUCACCUGCAGUACCUGAAUUCACGGGUGCUGCCACGCAGCAUAACGCGGCUGGCAUGCUAAUGGGUGUUGUGGCCGGUGCGGCGUUAUUCGUCUUGUAG